AGUUGAUAAUUAAAAAAAAAAAAACUCUGUCACCAGUGACUGAAUCAACCGAAUUAUAGUGUCAUCGUCACUGUGGAGUGUCGACAACGGGAGACCGCAUUGCAGACAUAUAGUCACGAGGUCGCAAAAAUGAUACUAAUGGACUUUUGCAUCAACGACCCUAGCAAAACGUUUUGGGAUGACCCCAAGAUGUACGUAGACGACCCAGGUUUGGACACAUUGCUGUCGCUGACUGUCGAAGAGCUGUUGCCAUGCAAUGACCAAGAUGACGUGACCGUAAGCUGUGAUGACUGUGACGAGAGCAGCAAAAGACAAAAUAUAAAGGAAACACAAAAACCGAAACAGCAGGAUAAAUUAAACGAAGUUAAACAUGUGCUGGAGUGCACGUAUCCAAAUUGUGAUAAGACGUACUUGAAACCAUCCCACCUCAAGGUGCACAUGCGGAGGCACUCGGGCGAGAAGCCGUACGGGUGCAUGUGGCCGGGCUGCUCUUGGCGGUUCUCCCGGUCCGACGAACUGUCCCGACACUGUCGGUCGCAUUCCGGCAUCAAGCCGUACGGUUGCGACGUGUGCGAAAAACGGUUUUCGCGGUCCGACCACCUGACCAAGCACUCGCGCGUCCACCACAAGCGAAUGGCCGCGGCGGCCGCCCGGUCGCAGUGGCCGCGGCCACAGUGUCAGCAGCGAAUCGGCGCGAAACCGACCGCCGCCGCCGCCGCCUCGCCGCCGGUCGUCGGCGCUCGUCAGUGACGUCACGACCGCCGUCCGAUGCGGUAGCGCCGACGCAAACACCACAACAGCUGUAGCAGUCCGCCCUCGAUGCAGAUUUCCUAUCAAUAUACACACGCGUGGGCUGCAGAU